AAAAAGAGCAGAGAGGAGACAUGCGGGGAAGGCAGCGGAGUAGAGAUCCUGGAGAACAGACCGUACAUGGAUGGACCGGGAGGCAACGGGCAGUAUACGCACAAGGUGUACCACAUCGGCAUGCACAUCCCCAGCUGGUUCCGGUCCAUAUUGCCCAAGGCAGCUCUGCGAGUCGAAGAGGAAUCGUGGAAUGCAUAUCCUUAUACGAGGACCAGGUACACGUGUCCUUUUGUGGAGAAGUUCUCUAUUGAUAUUGAGACGUACUACAAAACCGAUCCGGGAGAGCAUGUCAACGUGUUCAACCUUUCUCCUGCAGAAAAAAGACAAACCAUUCUAGAUCCUAUUGAUAUUGUUAAAGAUCCUAUCCCUCCACACGAAUACAAAGCUGAGGAGGAUCCAAAGCUGUAUAAAUCAGUGAAGACUAAAAGAGGCCCCCUCUCAGAAGACUGGAUUCAAGAGUACAAGAACAACCCUGGGAAAUACCCCAUCAUGUGUGCAUAUAAACUGUGUAAAGUCGAGUUCAGAUACUGGGGGAUGCAGUCGAAAAUUGAGCGGUUUAUCCAUGACGUUGGCUUGCGGAAGGUCAUGGUCCGCGCCCAUCGGCAGGCGUGGUGCUGGCAGGAUGAAUGGUACGGGCUCACCAUUGAGGACAUCCGGCAGCUGGAGAAGGAGGCACAGCUGAUGCUGGCGCAGAAGAUGGCCCAAUUCUGCAGUGAGAAUGAUGCUGAGCAGCACGGAGUCAAAGACGCUGCUGGGGAGAAGGAUGUUGAAGCCAACACGGUUUCACCUGUUGACACAGAGGAUGGUGCCGGUAAUAGCGAAACAGCCUCGGGAAGAUCGCUCACUAAGCAGUGGUCCACCUCUUCCAAGUCCUCACGGUCUUCAAAGAGAGGAGCAAGUCCCUCACACCAUAGUAUCUCCGAGUGGAGGAUGCAGAGCAUUGCCAGAGACUCGGAUGACAGCUCAGAUGAUGAAUUCUUUGAUGCACAUGAGGACUUGUCUGACAAUGAGGAAAUGUUCCCGAAAGAAAUAACCAAAUGGAGUUCCAAUGAUCUGAUGGAUAAAAUUGAAACCCCCGAAUGCGAUGAUGUCCAGG